AUGUUGUUGGACUACUGCUGCAGGUGUUGCGGAACCACUCUCAUCAAGCGCCAUGGGCAGAUGUCAAUCAAGGCCAAGAUUAGUGACACAUGGGUUGUUCUUCAGAACUUGGUGAUAUGCUUCCUGUCAUUUUAUUCAGUGUACUACAUCAGUGUGAGUGUGUGUAUUGGAAUUCUCAGAGCAAAUGAUGUUGAUACCCUUUUGGCACCUUUCGACUAUACAACACAGCCCUCAUGGCAAAAUCCCAAAUAUUUAGUGAGCGUGAUCUCUACAGAGCUGACGUUCGUGGUGGCCGGCCUGAUGUUCGCAUGGAUCGUGGAGGAGUGGGUGUGGGACUACGCCAUCACUAUCACGCUGAUUCACAUAGGGCUGACCAUCGCAGUCAUGUCUGAUUUCCCAUCAACAGAACACUGGUGGAUCACUUUAGGAUGUGGAUUGCUGAUGAUGAUUUUUGGAGGACAGCUUCUGGCCUACAAACUUUUCAGGAAUAAUUUUGUAUAUCCUGCUGAACUCCAGAACUUCUGA